GUGGUCAAAUUGGUCACACUGCAUCCUAAAAUUUUAAGAAGUAAAUUAAAAAAAAAAAAAUAAUCGUGGCGUCGUCAUGUCUAUGUCAAAGACCACAAACACCUACAAUCGACAGAACUGGGAAGACGCCGAAUUCCCGAUUCUCUGUCAAACCUGCCUGGGGGACAAUCCGUACGUGCGCAUGAUAAAAGAGCGAUUCGGGAAAGAGUGCAAAAUUUGCACGCGUCCUUUUACCAUAUUCCGCUGGUGUCCAGGAGCGCGUAUGCGCUUCAAGAAAACCGAGAUUUGCCAGACGUGUGCACGACUAAAAAAUGUUUGCCAGACAUGCCUGCUGGACCUGGAGUACGGACUGCCAAUUCAAGUGCGAGACGCUGCCCUCAAGGUGGCGGACACUAUGCCCCAAAGUGAUGUUAACAAGGAGUACUACAUACAGAACAUCGACGCCCAGCUUCAGGAUGGCGAUGGCACUGAGGCAGCCGGAGCCGUGGGCCGCUCUCUGGCUGCCAAUGAGAUGCUGUCUAAAUUGGCACGGACUGCACCCUACUAUAAGCGGAACAGGCCCCACAUCUGCUCGUUCUGGGUGAAGGGUGAGUGCAAGCGUGGUGAGGAGUGUCCGUACCGUCACGACAAGCCAAACGAGCCCGACGACCCACUCUGCGAGCAAAACAUUAAGGAUCGCUACUAUGGACGCAACGAUCCAGUUGCCGAAAAGAUCAUGAAACGAGCGGCUUCACUGCCAACGCUGGAGCCUCCAGAAGACCGCAACAUAACUACCCUGUACGUCGGCAAUCUUCCCGAGGAAAUCACCGAGCCAGAGCUGCGCGACCAGUUUUACCAGUACGGCGAGAUUCGGUCGAUUGCACUUGUGCCGCGACAGCAAUGCGCCUUCGUGCAGUACACGAAACGCGGCGCUGCCGAACUGGCAGCUGAACGCUCCUUCAACAAGCUUGUGAUCCAUGGCCGCAAAGUGAGCAUCAAAUGGGCCCACUCGCAAGCCAAGCAAGGAACUGCGGCCAAGACGGACAGGCGCUUUGAGGUAGCAGGCAUUCCCCCGCCCAGCGCCAAACCGAAUGACUACUUCAAUCUGCGACAGGAGCAGAUAAAUGUCAUGCCAGCUGGCAUGAAGCUCCACCAGUUACCUUCAAACUUGGUACCGGCCUCCGCGUACCAGAUGUACGGACAACCAACCUACGCGGCGCCCUACAGCAACACCAACAGCUCCACAAGCGCAACGGCCACGUCUACCUCUGGGGUGAAUCUCGACUCGAUCUCGAUUCCUCCGCCACCUGGUCAUGUGCCCUAUCCAAGUCAGGAUGCCACCCGCAUGGGUGCUCUGAAAAAAUAAUAUUUUUUAACCACAAUGCAAUUAGCAAUUUUUUACAAAUUCGGAAUUACUUUUGAAAUAAAGUCAAAGGAAACCUCCA